AUGUUUUUUUUUUCAGGCACCACAACAACAACUACAACAACAACUGCAACAACCACAACACCAACAACAACAGUAUCAAAUUCAGCUAUUAAAAGAGACAUUGGAAAUAUAAAUGAUUAUAGGAAUGCAAACUAUUUUAAUUAUUAUAGAAAAUUAGAGAAUAAAUAUAACUACCUUAGCGACACCUUUGGUUUAAAAACUAUAUCAAACAAUGAAACAUUCAAAUUAAUUGAUUUUACAAUUGAUUCAGAAAUGAAUAAUACUUGUAUAACAUCAAUUUGGAAUCAAAAGUAUUCAAAUAAUUCAAGUACACCAGUUGAGGGUAUUUAUAAACCAAGUAUUAGAAAAUAUUUCCUAUGA